CUCCAUCUUCAUCAUCGUCGUGAGUGCCAGCAUCGCACCUUCAUCGCAAGGUGUCCAUCUAGUGAUCGCAUCCAGCGAGAUACACCAGCGCAGCACAACAUGUACGCAAUCAAGAGAGCAGCAGGCUCGUCCCUCUCAGCUCUUCGGGGCAGCGCGCAGGCAGGGCCCUCUUCAUGCGCUCGCAAUCUAUGCAUCGCAGCCACUGCAGCUGCUGCGAGCUCUCCUUCUGGCUAUUCUUCCGCCACCGCAGCGCUCGCAACUGCGCCGCAAGGGCGAAAUGCAUUACACAAACGGGGGGUGUCUUCAUCCGCCACCCAGCAAAUGGCGACGCCAGUGGAUGUUGAGAAGCCAAAUGUCAGAGCUGGUGUCGGGAGCGCACAAGGGACCGGUAAAAAUCUACUGAGUGAGGUCCUCGAUUCGAUGCCCCGCCACUCAACAGCCAAUCGACCGAUCUACCUCGAUGCGCAAUCCACCACUCCCUUGGAUCCACGCGUACUGGACGCCAUGAUGCCCUACCACACGAACCAAUACGGAAAUCCACACUCCCGGACGCAUGCUUACGGCUGGGAGUCGGAAACAGGCGUGGAAGAGGCGAGGAAGCGCGUCGCGGAGCUGAUCGGUGCUGACGCUAAAGAGAUCAUCUUUACCUCGGGCGCCACCGAGUCGAACAACAUGGCGCUGAAAGGUGUCGCUCAUUUUUAUGGCAGCAAGAAGAACCACAUCAUCACCACGCAGACUGAGCACAAGUGCGUACUGGACAGCUGCAGGCGGCUGCAGGAGGAAGGGUACGAGGUGACCUAUCUGGGCGUGCAGAACAACGGUCUGGUCGACCUCAAAGAGCUCGAGGCGGCGCUACGCCCGACGACGGCAGUUGUCAGCAUCAUGACCGUCAACAACGAGAUCGGAGUUAUCCAGCCGAUGAAGGAGAUUGGGCGGCUGCUAAAGACAAAAGGUGCCGCGCUGGCCAAGUCCGCCGGGUUGUCUGGCAAGCCGCUCUUCCACACUGACGCAGCGCAGGCCGCCGGCAAAAUUCCGAUCAGCGUCGAUGAGAUGGGCGUCGACAUCAUGUCACUGUCCAGCCACAAGCUGUACGGGCCCAAGGGUAUCGGCGCAGCAUACGUCCGCAGGAGGCCGCGCGUGAGGCUUCAGCCGAUCAUCAAUGGCGGCGGACAGGAGCGUGGGCUGCGCAGUGGCACGCUUUCGCCGGCGCUCGUUGUCGGGUUUGGCGAGGCGGCUAGGCUUGCGAAGCAGGAACUUGCUUAUGACCAUGCACAUGUCACCCGUCUCGCAAAGCGUCUGCGCACCAAUAUCAUGUCCGCCAUGACACACGUCAUCCUCAACGGCGACCCGAACGGGUACCCUGGCUGUACGAACAUCUCCUUCCAAUACGUUGAAGGCGAGUCGCUACUCAUGGCGCUCAAGGACGUCUGCCUUUCCUCCGGCUCGGCGUGCACAUCAGCAUCGCUCGAGCCCUCGUAUGUCCUGCGCAGCCUGGGCCUGAACGACGAGAAUGCGCAUUCUAGUCUGCGCUUCGGCAUCGGCAGGUUCACGACAGAUGAAGAGGUGGAUUACGUCUCGGAGAAGAUCAUCAAGGUCGUCAACAGGUUGCGGGACAUGAGUCCGCUGUGGGAACUGGUACAAGAAGGUGUGAAUUUGGAAGAAAUCGAAUGGACUGCAUGAAGUCUUCUGGUUGGCUUUGUACAUAAACUCGCUUAGGAGCGUCUCCGUUCAAAAUCAGUCCGCAAAUGGUGGCACUGUCAUACUCAAAGAAUCAUGGCGC